GGUAAAAAUAGGCAUAGAAAACCCAUGUCAAGUGACUGAUUUAUAUUAUUAUACUUGUUGACUAAUACGUUGUAGUCGUGUGUGAAACAAAGCAAUUGGCGGAUAUUAGUAUUUAUGUUUUAACGAACUCUUGUGUGAAAUAAAAUUUAAGAUUUUUACAUUUAUAUGUUUUAACAGUUUUGAUAAAGGAUUUCGAAGAGAGACUUCUUGAUUUUUAAUCUUGAAAAAUGAAGCUGACACUUGCGGAAUUAGGACUGUUUUUGGUCACGACACUACUUAGUGUCCACGCAAAUGCUCAGUCACAGAAAGAAAGUUCAACUAUUGCUGGUUUUAAUGUGACUACUACAGAUCAGCAGGAAACUUUGUGGGGAAACGUUACAGUUUCAACAGUAAAAGACAUCACAGUGGAACAAGCAUCCACAACUAACAAUCCUGCUAAUGUUUUAAGUGUCCAGACUUCCCCAAGUGUCACACAAAAAGAGGCAAGUUCAGAGAGUGUUGUUGAGUCCACUGUUGUACAAAACACAACUGAACAGACCGCGUCAGAAGAUGUCGAUUCUUUAAGGACAACACAAGUGUAUCAAACUACAAACAUAGUGGACAAAGAAACAAACUCUUUAAUAACAAAGGGAGAGGUAUCAAGUUCACCAGCCUCGACGGAAAAGACAACUUAUCAAAACGUUGAUCAGACCACCGCGAUAAAAGGCGAUAAACAACUUGAUGAAGCCAGAACAGCAUCUAAUGCCGAGGAAACGACAUCGGUAUCUUCCUUUAAGCAAUGGUUUGAUGGUAUCAGUCGGGAAAAUUUGACACAGAGUAAUGUCACAGACAUUGAAGGAAGAAAUAGAAGUGUUGAGAACGAAGAAUCUACUGACGCGAAAAAUAAGAAACAUGGUCAUUGGAACUCAAUGAAUCCGGAUAUAAUGCCACCCAGAGAAUUUAUGGAAUGGUUAGACAGCAUUCAUCCAGAUUUAAAUGCCACAACAACUAAAAAUAUUAUAGAUACAAGGAUUAUAUCGACGGAGAAACUCAUUAUCGUCAUAAGCACAAUCUGUGGAACUUUUGUAUUGUUCGUGGUGAUUUUAAUUGCAAUAUCAUGCUGCAAAAGAAAUAGAAAUAUCAGAAAUGAUUCUGAAAAGAGCGACUUCUCUAUGACAUCAGUUGUUUCAGUUCCUGAGAAACGAAAGUCAGACGUAUUCUCCACAGAUAAAAAUGGAUUUAAUAAUUUGUUCAUGGGAAUCCCAGCUAACAAUGAGGUGUGGAAAAAUUUAGAACAGCUUUCACCAGCCGCACCUUCUGUAAUGCCUGAGAGUACUAAAAUGUGAUGGGACGUUUUAUAUUUUUUUUCAAAAAGAAAGCAAAAAUUAAACACCGCGGUUGUGAUAUUAUCAUUUAUAUUGUAACUUUGAAUCAAAUUCAGUUUAAGAAAAAAAACUAAUAGUGAUUUAUGAAAGAAGUGGUUUAUAUCCGGUUUCAUAUUUCUUCCGUUCCUGUAUUGAGAUAAAAUACCCGAAUUGCCGCAUGACUCAUUAUUGUUUACAAUGACUUCCUACCUUUGAUGGUGCACUAAAGCACGUAAUAUAUUACUGUUAUUGGUGAUAUUUGUUUACAUACUCGAUUUAUCUACUUUAUUUAUCAUUUUACGUAGUGAUAUUAUACAUUUGGUUUAAUUUUAUACUUUAAAUGGGUAUUUUGUCUUCUGUUCUCACCUACUUUUUAUUAAGAUUUACAUUGUUCUUCAUUAACGCCAUUUCAUAGAAAAUAGAGGUUGAUACACGGCGAGUGUGCUUUCUCGUCGUAAUGGUACACCUAGUGUCAUAAUUGCUAUUAUGAAAGAAGGUGUGCCUUUUGGCUUAAAAGCACGCCUAAUCCGUUUAUUGGCUAUUUCAAAACAUACAGUCUUUUCAUCUUUUUUCUUGAUAUUUUCAUUUUUCCUAUUUUCAACAAACUUGUUGACAAACUAAGUGACAAUUCGUUCUCAGCGCUAUCAAUAAUACGCAGACGUCAGAAUUAACUGGUGGAUAUUCUCAUUACCAAGAGCCAUUAUGAUUAUGGUGUACCAGGUUCACUGUGCCAUUGAGGUCUCAAUGUUAUUUUUACUAUUUAUAGUAGGAUAUAUCAUAGAACUUUUAUUUCACUAACUAGUGAAUUGUUCACGAAGUUCGCACUUACGUCCUACUAUACACUUAAUAUUUAUUAUGCGUUCUAACGAUCUCAAAAUAGUUUAUCUUCUUUUUUAUAUGAAAUCUAGUCAUGUACGAGAUUUUUUAAGUAUUAGACCCGCUUUAUGAACUAUUAUUUAAAUGAUCGGGAUUUGGAAUCCACCUACCUGCCUGGUGAAGUAUUUUAGUAAAAGAAAUCGUAAAAAGUACCUGCCUCUCGGGGACAUGCCGACAUCCCAAAGUAGGCGAUAAAUAAAAACAAUAGUUAAAAAUCAUUCGUUAUUUACAUACACUGCCAUUGAAACUAAUAAAGUAAUAUAUAGCCAAUGAAUGAAGCUACCAAAAGACAUAUAUGUUAUACUUUUUAUGUAUUUUAUUACUACAUUUAUAUAUCAAUCAUGAUAUCCCCGAUACAUACACACAUGCGUAACGAUUUCUUGGAACAUUGUUGUUGUUUUUUUUUUAAUAUUGACCGUAGUUUAUGCAGUUUUAUAUUUUGAUAUAUUUUCAAAUUUUACUGAAUAUCUUUGUACAAUAAUUUGUUUCUUGUACAGUGAUAUUUUAUUGUCGCAGACGACAGACAGAUUUGUUCCUGUAAUGCCUAUGUAUUUUUACUUCGGACAUUUUCGGUAUACAUAUUGUUUGAACUCUUAAGUGGUAUCAUUUUUUACCACUUUUUUCUUGUGUUCUUUUUGAAUUAUUACACAAUCUUAAUUAUUACAUCACUCCUUAUAUAAGUCGCCGAUCUUUAAUUUGUGCAUAUUUACUAGACUAAAGUAAAAAAAAAUAGACUGUAAGAUGGUUUGAGAUAUCUUGUAAUAAAACACUUGCUGAAUGGCUUGAUGGUCAGUAGUCAGAACUAUUGUUACUUUUGAUUUUAUCCCACCAAAAUUUAUUGUCGAACUAUAUAGACCGUUCCACAGCACAAAUUAUGGAGUGAAGUUUAAUAUAAAGAUUGAUUAUACUAUACAAAAAUAGAAAUGAACAAAGACGGUAAGACAACAGUCUGUCUAUCGACUAGAAUAGUAAGGAUGAUGGUUUGUAACAACUGUAAGAUGAUGUACAUGUAUCGGAACGAUUCCUUCCAUUAAACUACUUAAUAUACGACGAAAAAGAAUUUGAACAGUUUCAUUUUGAAAUGUCAGCAGCGAAAUUAUUCUAAAACUGGAAGCUAAUGAGUAUGUAUCUACACGUUUAACUUUUUUUGGAACAUUUGAUAUCAUAUGUAUUUUCGAAAUCUAUUUCAUAUCAUUGCUUAAAAUCAGUUUGUUAAAAAUAUUCUAUUAUAAUUCAUUACUUUUUUGCUUUGACCUUUAUGUAAAAACGACAGUUUAAUAGUCUUUUUGUGGUUUAUUUAUCACAUAUUUAUUUUUCCAUAUCCCAACUUUGUCGUUUUUUUUUUCUUCUUUGAAACAAACGUCAUCUUUAUUGUGGUGUCUUAAAAUUGUUGACGUCAAAAUCUUUAAUGUCACCAUGUAUGUCAAUAAUUCACAUUCUAAGGUUAGGGUGAAUGAUAAAAACAUGUUUAUACGUAAAUGCACAUUAACUUACAUCCUGAAACUUUUCUUACCUGUCAGGAAAUUGAUUAUACUUCUACACUGUAAUUAAUUACGUGAGUAUUCAUGUUUGACGACGCUUUUCAUUAAAUCGAAUGCAGAUAUUUUAGUAUGUAAUUAUAUCAUUAUCAUAUUGUCAUCAAUUGAUUAUUGAUUUUUUAUGACACACAUUCAUCUAUAUAUACGAAUAUGAUGACUUUUGUUAUUUUUACCGAUGCAUUAUGUAUUUACAUCAAUGAAAACGUUUUUGCCUGUCAAUACAUUAUUACAAAGUUA